AUGUCAGAAACACCAACACAUAAUUCUGUUAUUAGAAUGAGCGUUGAAACAUCUCCAACAAAAGAAGAUAAAAAAUUGACUCUUGUUAGGCAAUCACCAACUGCCAUAACAACAACACCUAUAACAACAACUCCAAGAAAGGUCCCUUGUUUAAAUCUUAAUUCAACAAAAAAAACAGGAAUUUUUGAUGUUCAUGUAAUAAAUGACUAUACUUCAUCUCCUCGUCAAAAUAAAGAAGCCCCUUCUCAAACACUACAAAUCCAGUUGAGUCAAGGACAACUCCAACAUCAAGAAUCUCUUCAAAUAAUUUCAUUUAAACGUUCUGAGUCACCAAUUACUAGAACACAAUUAUCUCCUCGUACAAUAACAACAAAAAAAGAAUCUGAUUUGUACAUGAAGCGAAAAGAACGUCAAAUCAAAAGACCACGCACUAUGCAAUUAAUUCAAACACAACCAUUAUCAAUUGAUAAAAUUGUUGAUGAGGGAUGUCCAGCUAAAUUUCUUGUUAAUAUAAAGAAGGUUGGUGAAGGAGCAAUGGGAGAAGUUUACCGAGCAAAUGAAAGAGCAACAAAUAAAGAAGUUGCUAUUAAAAAGAUUAUUGUAACACGUAAAAAUAUGAAUAAUUUAAUUGGAGAAAUAACUAUUCAUAAAUCUUUAAAUCAUAAAAAUAUUGUAUCAUUUAUUGGAUCUUAUCUUGAUGAUGGAUAUCUUUGGGUUGCAAUGGAAUAUAUGGAUGGAGGAUGUUUAACAGAUUUAUUAAAUCAAUAUAGUUAUGGACUUACUUUAAAUGAUUCACAAAUUGCCUUUGUGAUGAAAGAAAUUAUUAUGGGAUUAGCAUAUUUACAUGGUAAUAAUAUGAUGCAUAGAGACAUUAAAUCGGAUAAUAUUUUGAUCAAUAAAAAUGGUGAUAUUAAAUUAGCUGAUUUUGGGUUUGCUGUAAAAGGUAAAACUGCAAAAGGAAUGGUUGGUUCUCCUUAUUGGAUGCCACCAGAAGUUAUAUUAGAUAAAGUGUAUAAUAAUAAAAUUGAUAUUUAUAGUGCUGGGAUUGUUUUAUUUGAACUCUUGGAAGGUUAUCCACCUCAUUAUGAAUUACGUGGAGAAGAACUUAUGAAAGCUAUUGUAAAUGAAGGAAUUCCUGAGCCAAAGAAUAGUAAAUCUUCUAAAGAAUUUAAACGUGUUAUGAAACAAUGCACAUGUUUUAAUCCAACCCUUCGACCAGAUUGUGUUGAAUUAUUAACUGAUAAAUUUAUUACCUUAAGUUGCCACAAAAAUGGAUUUAAAGGUAUUGUCGAAAUGGUUAUGGUAUGA